AUGCUCACUGGCAUCGGCAGGAAACGCACCGACUUUGAGUCGGGGACAUCAUCGGAGUCUGAGUCAGAUGGCUACCCGGCCCCUGGACAGAUGGCCUAUGCCCGCCCGAUGCAACCGCCGGUGCCAGGACAAGGCCAAAAUCCGUACUGGCAGGGAUCCGCGCCGCAAGGACCGCCGCAGCCAGCACCCUACGCUGGCGCCGCAUACGCGACUGGGGCGCCCUAUCUGGCCACCUCCUUCGUACAGGGCAGCCCGCAGGCCUACCCACAACCCUUCCAGUCUGGCGAGGGCUUUGCUUGGGCUGGCUUCGGCAGCGGCGGCUUCAUGGGUGGUCUGGCCAAUUUCAAAGGCGUCAGGGCGCAUGACCAGUUGUGGUGGUUCUGCAUACCUGUCGAUCUGAAUGAGAAUCCGGUUACGCUCAGCUUCGUGGCAAGAGACGCCACUGGCCGCACCGUGGUGGACCAAUCCGCGCCCAUCACACUCCAGGCUGUUACCGCCCGGCCCGGCCGACGGCUUGAAGAAGAAGACGAAGAGGAGGAAGAAACAAAAGAAGUAGCCAUGCGUGGCCUCGACAGCCGCCGCCGGAGCAGCUUCAGCUCGCCCCGACGGAGGAUCUCUUCCCCUCGGCGGAGGACUAUGACCGACAGCCGUCGCCGUGCAGUCCUCGACAGCCGUCGACGUGCUGCAGAUACUUCUCCGCGCCGCCGAGUCAUGGCCGACACUCGAAGAAGAUCGUCGUUCUUCUCCCCGCGCCGCCGCAGAGGUGGCAGCGGUAGCUUCGUUCCCAACAAUCAUUACUCCAACCCGCUGAGCCCAAGCAUUGGGCACUACGGCUACACCAACCCAAACUAUGCGUACCACAACUAUGGCGGGCACAUGCCCAUGAGCACAUCAUACGGCUACACGGGUGCCAAUGCCUACAGCUCCGGGAGUGGCAUGAAGAUUGCCUUGGCUGGCGGUGCUGGAAUUUUGGCAGGCCUAGCUACCAGCCACCUGCUUCAUCAUUACGGCGGGUCCAACUCUGGAGGCUACACGCAUGCCCAGAUGAUGCAGCAGGACUGCACCUACGGCUCAUGGUCAGGAACGUGUAACUCCUGCUAUUCGCAAUACGGAGCCAACCGCUGCGCCUUGAGCAUCUCGCCCAACUUCGAUGCAACGCGAGACGACCUGAUGAGCACGGGAUUCAUCCCGACGCAGGUUUCCUGGCCCCUGACGGUGACAGUUACAUCUGUCAGCGGAAUCGACUUCAAUCCCGCCAGCGUUUGCCCACUUACGCCGGACAGCGCCGGGAACCCCUCGAUGGCUCGCCUCUUCCUGACCACCACCUCACUGGGCAUGGGGUCCUCGGGAGGAAAUCCAGGCCCUGGGUAUAGUCCGCAGCCCAACUAUGGGCAGCAGACCAACUAUGGCCCGGUGCAGUCGAGCAGCUCGAGUGGCAGCGGCUUCUUUGCCUGGCUCGGCACCGUUUUGGCCCUCUGCUGCUGCUGCGGCUUCUGCGUCUGCUGCAGCUGCGCGAGCGGCAAAAAGCCAUCCAAGUGGGGCUUUUCUGGUGACUCCUCUUCGAGCGAUUCAGACGAGUCAGUGCAGAUGGUCCACCAUGGUGGUCACAACCCUUAUUGGCACGGCCAGGCUCCGGCUCCGGCACCGGCCCAGACCAACACGGCCUUUAUGGACACGGCGGCCCCAGGCGGCGCGACUUGGGCCAACUACUGUCGCGGCCCACCGGAGGUGAAUCCGAGUACUGGCUUCGUUGCGGGGCGCUGGGGUGACUGCCUCGCCUGGGCUGUCGUUUACGAGCAUCAGAACCCCGGCUGGCCGCAGAACCCGACGUACCGGGACAUGGGUCCUGCCGGCACCGUCAUUCAAGCCAUGCUGGAGAAUGCAGCGGACAGCGACUGUGAAGACGUGGAGAGGGCAGCCAAUCAACUGGAGAAUGCAUGUAGGAAGGCGGUUGCCUCCGGUGGCACGCUUCCAGUGAUCAACUGCCGGGCAUGA